CACUAGAGAGAGCUGCAGACGCAGCAUCUAAAGAGACAAAAGACGCGACACCCGAGGGAGCAGAAGGCGCAACACUAGAAGAAGUAGCUAACAUGACGCCCAAAGAAGAAGCAAACAUAACCGAAAGAUAA